UAACUCCUCCCGCGUGGGAGAGACGUUACGAGAUCUUCGGCUUUGAGAAACUUCCCUUCUUCCAAACGCGAAGGAAAGGAAAAAGCCGAAAAACAUGGCGAAACUAUUCAUCGGCGGCCUUGCAUGGCACACCGAAGAAGCGACAUUGCGGCAGAAGUUCGAGGAGUUCGGCCCCAUCGAAGAAGCUGUGGUCGUCAAGGACCGGGACACGGGCCGUAGCCGCGGUUUUGGCUUCGUGCGUUAUCACCAAGAGGAAGACGCCCAGAAGGCCAUCGCCGCCAUGAACAACGUUGAGUUCGAUGGGCGCCAAAUCCGCGUUGAUAAGGCCUCCGACAGCGGUCCCCGGGGAGGCGGGUUUGGUGGCGGUCGUGGCGGGGGUGGAUAUGGCGGUCGAGGCGGAGGCGGCGGCUACGGUGCGGGCGCGCCCAUGUCCUACGCAGCUGCCCCGGCCCAGGGCUAUCCCAUGGCCGCUCCCAACAUGUACGCACCGGCCUACGGCCGAGGAGGUUUCGUCCCUCCACCCGCGUACGGCAUGCCUCCCCAAGGUCACCCUCAGGGUAAGAACCACUUCGCCAUAUAUUCUGGGUCCUUGCGUUAGUUAACCCGAUUCCCAGAUCCCUAUGGUCACCCCGGCGGUCCUCCCGCCGGUGGCUAUGGGUACUCGAAUCAACCCCAGCAGCAGCCCCCGCCCCCCAAUGGCGGUGGCUACUAGUUUGCUGCAGUGUACGGCCACGACGGAACUCGGAGAGUCCUUUGCCCGCUCAACAUUCACCAUCACAACCUAAUCAUUCUGAGAGCCCAUCUCGUCUCGAGGGGUAUCUGACAC